GGCACAUUGACCCUAGAGUUUAACUUGCUUUUGUAGUCAGUAUAACACAGAUAGUCACAUAGACUGCAUAAGAUAUUUCAGACUAGGUACAGCAAUGGAACCAGGAACAAUUGUCAGUGCUGUGCGGAGCCGGAGGGUUUUGUAUGGAAAGAAAAUUAUACCUGCAGUUAUCAUAAUAAAAGAGGGAAAGAUUCAAAGCAUUCUGCCUGAUUCAGGAGCAAUAAUGCACAGAGAUAUUGAGGUACUGGAUGUGGGGGACAGUCUGGUAAUGCCAGGUAUAGUGGAUUGUCACGUUCAUGUCAAUGAGCCAGGUCGUACCAACUGGGAAGGGUACUGGACUGCUACACGAGCAGCAGCUGCUGGGGGUGUGACCACUAUUGUAGACAUGCCCUUAAACAGCAUCCCACCAACUACAACUUUAGGAAACUUUCAUGAAAAGCUAUAUUCGGCUACAGGACAGUGUUUUGUAGACACAGCAUUCUGGGGAGGGGUCAUCCCUGGCAACCAGCUGGAGCUGAAGCCGAUGGUCCAGGGUGGUGUGGCUGGAUUUAAGUGUUUCUUGAUCCACAGCGGAGUGGAUGAAUUUCCUCAUGUGAGUGAUGCUGAUCUUCAUGCAACUAUGAAGCAGCUCCAGGGCACAGACAGCGUUCUGCUGUUUCAUGCAGAGCGUGAAGUCCAGCAUCUAGCCUCUGAGGAAAGGGCAGAUCCAUGUGAAUAUUCCACCUUCCUGAAGUCCAGACCUGACAUUAUGGAAUAUGAGGCAAUCCUCAACGUCACUAAACUCUGCCUGCAGUAUCAAGUGCGAUGCCACAUUGUGCACCUGUCCUCAGCCCAGUCUCUGGAGCUCAUUAAAGCAGCCAGACAAGCAGGAGCUCCCCUGACUGUAGAGACCACACAUCACUAUCUCAACCUGUCUGCAGAGAACAUUCCAGCAGGGGCCACUCAUUUCAAGUGCUGUCCCCCCAUUCGCGAUGCAGCCAAUCAGGAACUCUUGUGGUCUGCACUUAAAUCUGGUGAUAUUGAUAUGGUUGUGUCAGAUCACUCACCCUGCACACCUGACCUAAAGUGUUUGGACAGUGGGGAUUUCAUGGAGGCAUGGGGAGGCAUCUCUUCUAUGCAAUUUGGUUUAUCUUUGUUCUGGACAUCAGCUUCUAAAAAAGGGUUUUCACUUUUUGACACAGUAAGACUCUUGUGUAAAGAGCCUGCUAAACUCUGUCGCCUUGACAACCAAAAAGGGAAUCUCAUUCCAGGUCAUGAUGCAGAUUUAGUUAUUUGGGAUCCAGAAAAACACUUUACAGUUAAAGAGGAACACAUUCACCACAAAAAUAAACUGACUCCAUACCUUGGUCUAACUCUUCUUGGGGAGGUGAAGGGCACUAUAGUUCGGGGUAGGGUGGUUUACAGUCAGGGCUGUUUUAGUUCUCACCCUUUGGGGAAGCAUCUGCUUAUCCAGCACAAAACACAGGCCUCCCUGUAAGCAAAUAAAGCAAAUUAAUGUUGUAAUAUCUUUCUAGCCAUUACUGUAAAGAAGUGCUACAGUAUUGAUGAUAACUGUUCUGUUGAUGUUUUGAUGAUAACUGUCCAUUUUAGAGCAUAUUAAAUUAAAUGUGGUUAAUUUUAAUGAUUGUGGAAACUAUCUAAUAAUUGUAAUAAAAUAAAAUAAAUGUUCAUUGUACAAAAUGAUGAUAACAAAAUGUUCAUACUUGACAUUAAACAAUGAUAUCACUAUGUACUUUUUGGAAACUAUAUAGGAUUGUUCAAUCCAAUCUGACCACAUCAAAACACAUUCAUUCAUUUCUUACAGUUUCAUCUGGAAACUUUCACAGUAUUUUAUGAAGUUUGUGAUAUUAAAACAUUAGGAAACAUUAUUGUCAACCCAAAUAUAUACAUAGAACAGUUAUGCAUCUUGAGACAAAAAAUGGCACUAGAUAUGUCAGUGCAAGGUGUUUUAAAAUUAAGGCAGCUUAAACAUGCUCAAAGUUUAGUCUGAGACUACAAGCCCUGUCCUGGAAACGGCUCUAUAGAGUUCUUUUGUAAUCAUUCUGUAGGUGCUUUUGGAAAGAAUAAAUGAACCUUGAUUACAUCACUGAAAAGAUAAGCAACUAAUAAUUAACCCAGAAUAGCAAAAGAUUUUAUUUUAUGUAGAGUUUUAUUUUUCUAAAAAUAUUUUAUUGUGUC